AGGCAGCGCACUUGUAAGAACAGAUGGCGACUGCGCGCAGAAAACCUUUGCAAAGCAGGCAAGUGGGGUCUCUUCUCCUUUUUCUGUGCGUGUCUGUGGGGGGCGCGGCAACCAUCCGCUAUUCCGUGGCAGAGGAAAUGGAGAGCGGCUCAUUUGUAGCAAACGUGGCUAAGGAUCUAGGGCUGGAGGUGGGGAAACUGGCCGCGCGAGGGGCGCGGCUAGUUUCCGAGGGCAACAAAUUGCAUUUCCGGCUCCACCGCAAGACAGGGGAUUUGUUCGUGAAGGAGAAACUGGAUCGAGAAUCACUUUGUGGCAAAGCCGACCCGUGCGUUCUGCACUUUGAAAUCGUCCUGGUGGAGCCGCUGCAGUCCUUUCGCGCCGAGGUCAGGGUGUUUGAUAUCAAUGACAAUGCCCCUAUUUUCCUAAACAAGGAGCCGCUUUUAAAGAUUCCAGAGAGCACCCCCUUGGGUUCACGUUUUCCUCUGCAGAGCGCCCAGGAUCUGGACGUGGGCCUCAAUGGUCUCCAAAACUACACCCUGAGCUCCAACGCCUAUUUUCACCUGCACACCCGCUUCCGCAGCCACGGGCCCAAAUAUGCAGAACUGGUGCUAGAUAAACCCCUGGACAGAGAAGAGCAGCCUGAAGUCAACUUGACCAUCACUGCGGUGGACGGAGGGUCCCCGCCCAAGUCUGGCACCGCCCACAUCCGCGUGUUGGUUCUAGACGUCAAUGACCACGUGCCCCAAUUCUCAAGACUGGUAUAUCGAGCUCAGGUACCUGAGAACAGCGCCACUGGUUCUCUAGUGGCCACGGUGACAGCCACGGACCUAGACGAAGGCACCAACAAGAAAAUAACUUACUCUUUAGCUCAAAACCCAGAAGCAAUUCUGCAGACAUUUCAGAUUGACCCUGAAAAUGGGGAGGUUCGACUCCGAGGGCCGGUAGAUUUUGAAACUGUUGAAACAUAUGACAUUGACAUUCAAGCUACCGAUGGAGGAGGCCUCUCUGCCCACAGCAAAGUCCUGGUAGAAGUGGUGGAUGUGAACGAUAAUCCUCCUGAAGUGAUGGUCUCCUCUGUGUCUAGUCCUCUCCCUGAAGACUCGCCAUUACAGACUGUAGUGGCCCUUUUCACCAUCCGAGACCGGGACGUCCGAGUGGGAGGAAAAAUCACCUGCUUUCUUGGAGAAGACUUUCCCUUUGUGGUGAAACCUACAUUUCGCAAUUCUUACUCGCUGGUCACUGAUAGAGGCUUGGAUAGAGAGGAGGUCUCCGGCUAUAAUAUCACGCUUGUCGCCAUGGAUACUGGACCACCCAGCCUGUCUACAGAGACUGUGAUAGAGGUGCUGAUAUCUGACAUUAAUGACAAUCCCCCAGUAUUUCAGGAAAACGCCUACAUCUUGACUGUCCGAGAAAACAACAGCCCUGCGAUUUUCAUUGGCAAAGUCCAUGCUGAGGAUCUAGAUUUGGGUGAGAAUGCUCAAAUAACAUAUUCUCUGCUACCUCCAAAGAGUGGAGAUCUAUCAGUCUUCGCGUACAUUUCCAUAAAUUCAGACAAUGGGAAGCUCUAUGCUCUGAGAACCAUGGAUUACGAGGCCAUUCAAGAUUUUCAGUUUGUGGUAAAGGCAACUGAUGGGGGCUUCCCAACACUAAGUAGUCAAGUGACUGUCAGAGUGGUUGUCCUGGACGACAAUGACAAUCGGCCAAUGAUCUUGUAUCCACUGCAGAAUGGCACCUUGCCUUGCAAUGACCUGGUACCCAGGUCUGCAGAGGCAGGCUACCUGGUGACCAAAGUGGUAGCUGUGGAUGGUGACUCAGGCCAAAAUUCUUGGCUUUCAUACCAUCUGCUUAAGGCCACUGACCUUGGGUUAUUUUCUGUUCAGCGACAAAAUGGGGAAAUCCGUACAUUGCGGCAGAUAUCUGAGAGAGACUCCAUGAUGCAGAAAUUGAUCAUUCUUGUGCAGGAUCAUGGCCAACCAGCUCUCUCUACUACUGCCUCCCUCAACAUCCUGCUGGUAGAUGGCUUUUCAGAGCCCUACCUGCAGUUCCGGGAUCCAUCAAAGCAUCCUAGAAAGGUAAAUCCAUCCACUAAAUACUUGGUUAUUUCUCUGGCUGUGCUUUCCUUUCUCUUUCUCCUCUCUGUCACGUUGAUCUCCAUUAUACACAUCUACCAGAAGAUUAAGAAUCGAGAAAAGUUCACAAUUCAAGAGCAUUUUUAUGAUGACUGUAAUUUCCCUAACAAUUUGGUACAAGGAGGGCGCAAUGGAUCCUUAUCCCAGCCUUGUUCUUAUGAAAUGUGCUCGGUCACUGGCACUGGCAACAGUGAGUUCCGGUUUCUUAAGCGCUUUAUGCCUAACUUCCCUUUCCCCCAAGGCACUGGAGAUGUAAAAACUGGGACUAGCUCCUGUUCACCUUCAGAUUCUGAAAGAAACAGGCCUCGGGGGUCAGAGGAUCGUGCCCGGGUAUCUGAUGACUACAUGUAG